GGAGGAGAGGGAGAAAAGGAGGGAUCGGUUCCCAAUGCCCCAUCCUGGUCUCUAUAUCCUGGGGAUGCCCUUCGUCUCUUCGUCCCACUGCUCCUGAAGAUACAUUGAACGCGGUGGACACACUGGGAUUGAGAUUGGAGACUCUGGCGCUAUGGAGAAGAAGGUGGUGCUGAUCACGGGCUGCUCCUCUGGGAUAGGCCUUAGCCUGGCCGUGCGGUUAGCCUCCGACCCAGACAAGACGUACAAAGUCUACGCCACUAUGAGGAAUCUGGCCAAGAAGGAGCGACUGCUGGGCUGUGUGAAGGACCUGCAUAAAGACACGCUGGACAUCCUGCAGAUGGACGUCACCAACCACCAGUCCAUCCUGGAGGCCCGGGACAGGGUGGUGGAGAAGCGGGUGGACAUCCUGGUGUGUAAUGCAGGAGUGGGGCUGAUCGGACCCCUGGAGGCGCAGGGCCUGGACACCAUGAGGCAGAUCCUGGAGGUGAACCUCCUGGGGACCAUUCAGACCAUCCAGGCCUUCCUGCCCGACAUGAAGGCCAGGUGCAAGGGCCACAUUCUGGUGACCGGCAGCAUCGGAGGGCUCCAUGGUCUCCCGUUCAAUGAGGUGUACUGUGCCAGCAAAUUUGCAAUCGAGGGAGCAUGUGAGAGCUUGGCCAUCAUUCUGCAGCACUUCAACAUCCACAUGAGCCUCAUCGAGUGCGGUCCGGUCAACACUGACUUCCUGGACAACCAGGAGAAGGCGGAGCUUGGGGACGCGUCUCUGGGACAGGUGGACGCGUCCACCCUCGGCCUCUACGGGCAGUACCUGCACCACUGCACCACCAUGUUCCAGAACGCCGCGCAGGACACCGAGGACAUCGUCAAGGUCUUCCUGGGUGCCAUCCAGGCCAGCAGGCCAUCGUUCAGGUACUACACCAGUGGCGCCAUGCCGCCCCUGGUGAGGCUGAAGACCUCCUUCCCUGAGGGCUGCCGCUUCAUCCGCGCCAUCAGCCAGCUCAUCUUCCCCACAGAGGCCACAGAACAGCACCCAUAACGAACACAAACACAUCAUACACACACACACACACACAAAC